AUGGUAAUUGCAAAUGAGAAGAUUCAAAAUUGGGGUGGGUUAGCUAAUUCGAUCAAAGAUCACGUGGGCGUUGUUAUUGAGCCCCACCCUUCUUUUGCAAAACUUGAGCUCAUGGCAGGGAUCUCGGCAGGAAUAAAAAGAAAGUCUUCUGACGAAUGGGAAGCAGAAAACUCUCUGAAGAAAAGGAAAACUGAUGGAUCAGAGCAUUUUACCGAUCUUGCUGAGGUAAUUCAAUUACUCAGAAGACAUGGCUAUUUUGGAGUCAGUUACUAUGACCUUGGUCUCUUUCUUGGACUAUCCUCCGCUAGGAUGGGUGUGAUUACAAAGAAUAAUAGAAAUGAUGCUGAGAGUUGUUUGCGGGAGUGUCUUGCUAAAUGGUUAGAGAAAGCUGAUGAUGUUCAGAAGAAAGGUGGUCCUACUAUCUAUUCAUUGCUAUCAGCAUUGAGGGAAUUAGGAGAGAAUGCUGUAGCUGAUGGAAUAGAUAUGGAGAUGCAUCCUGCAUGUAAAAUUCUUUCUUGUCAUUCAGCUCAAAAUUCUCUUGUCACUGCAUUGCCUCAGCUGGUUUUACUUUUGCAUGCAGCAAAACUGAUAAAAGAGAUGAUCCUCCCAACUAAUAUACAAGGAGAAGCUCUUUUGAUUAAAAUAAAGGAAGCUGUUUGUAUUGAUUAUCAAAAACUGGAAGCAUUUGCUGAUAUUUUAUGUAAAAGUACAGCCACUGCUAAAAUAGGAAAUACUAUCAUGAAAGAAUACAGAGAAGUUUAUUGCAGUGAUGACUUCAUUCAAGCAAAUGAUGCUGUUGGAUUGAAGAUUUAUCUUCCUAUGAAUGUUACUUCCCAGUUUCAGUCAAUGCGAUUAAAGAUGGGGCAAACAUUCUUCAAAGUGGGGUCAAUCAUGAUGAACAACCCUCAGUCUCCAACACUAGAUAAUAUUAAAUAUGUUUUGGGUGCAUACGACAAAACAUUAAGGCCACAAGUGGCUCAGUGUCAAGAUAUCCACAGUAUUCUACAGUUAGUUUGUGAUAACUGUCAGCUUGAUGAUAUUAGUCUGCUGGAGUUUUUUGUUAAUGAGUUUAAUAUAGAGGAGGCUAAGCCAGUCAUUGAGGAGUAUAAAGAAGCUGUUGAGGAGCUAAAGGAAAUGAAACUCAGUCAAUACCUAAAUAAAAUGGUUUCACAUGCUUCGCCAAUUGAGUGUGAAAUUGUUACCAUUUUUGUAGAUGAAAAUGUUAAAGAGUUCAUACUUAAUGAUGUCAAGAUACUUUCAUCAGCAGUAUUUGGAAAUUUAUCACGACAUGUCAGAUUAAAUGUUGUUAAAUUUGGCAAUUCUUUCACUAUCACUUGUUCCUUCCCUUUGAUUCUAUCUGAGCAGUUAAUUACAGCUGCUCUUAAUAAUAUUGAUGUAUUGAAGGAAAGCAAAGUGAAGAGAUUAACCAUUGGAUACUGCACUGUGUAUGAGGUAAAGGACAACUCCACUCCUACUACAACAGAAAUAGAUGAAUGCACCUCAUCAUUAUCAACUAGUAGUGGCUUAUCAAAACAAUUGAUGCUGUCAUUGAGUGUAGAACUGAUUAAUAGUAAAGAGGAGGUUACUGCUUUAAAUGAGGAAAGUAUAACAAUGAAGAAAGAAGCAGAGUCAUUAAAAGAAACGCUGGUUGCCAGUAUAGCAGAGAGUAAGAGGUUUAAAAAAAUAGCAGCUGAGACUAGUCAGUUACUACAAGAGAAAGUAUCACUAUUAGCAGAACAUGAAGAAGAAAAUGAGAAUUUGAAAGAAAUAAAAGAAUUAUUAGAAGAGCAGCUUGCUUUAUUUCAAUCAGAGAAAGAUGAAAUCAAACAAUCAGAAAGUGGGUCAAUUGUAGGUACAAUUGCAAAGCAUGAUAAAGGAUAUCAUCAGGAAGAGAAUGAAGAUAUACCAAGUAAAGAGGCUGAAACAACUGAAACACUACAGUCAAUUCAUAAAACAAUACAGCGGCGAAUGGCAUUUGAAAUUGAAAGUUUAAAAAGAGAAUUAAAGCAAAAAGAUAAUGAAAUCAAUGAAGUACGAGCUGAGAGUAAAAAAGAAAUAGAAUUAUUACAAGAGAAAAUAACAACAAUGAAUUUACAACAAAUUAAGAAAGAUAAACAAAUGAAAGCUUCUCCACAAGAGAAAAAUCCACUCAUAUUUCAAGAUGACAUUUAUGGUGGCAUAACUAUUGACCAUCCAUUGAUUAGAGAAAUUGUACAAACACAUCAAUUUCAAAGGCUGAAAGAUAUCAAAAAAUUAG